CGGACCAGGUAAAAUAAUUAGAAGACCAAAGUUUAAACGAGAAGAAAUUUCCUAAAUAAGGUGUGAUGUCGGGGUGGGGAAGGAGGGCCACUGGUCGAAUCGAAAGAACACAGUUCGAGGGUGACGAACUGUUGAAGUCAUUGGAAGGGCGUGUAAAUAUCGAAGUGUCAAAACCACCCGACUACGAGCAGUGGUCAAGAUCAGGUGUACAACAACUUUUACAAAAACAGAGGAGCAAACAGGGUGGACAGGCAGCCAGCAGGGCAGGGUCUGCUUCCAAAGUAGCGUUCCUUGUUGCACCACCUCCUGACACCUCGCCGGCUACUACUACUACUACUACUACUACUACUGCAACUACUACUACUGCAACUACUACCACUAACACUGCUAUCAACAACAAUGCAACUAGUCUAAGAACUAACGUUACUGCAAUCAUACAAAGUGACUUACAAUCCACACGUCUUGGAGCAGCGUGUUCCUCAAGUUGUAGACAUCCUUGGAACAAGAAGGUGGUAAACUUUGAUGAAGACCUUGAGAAACAGAGACAAAAAGUGAUAGCCAUACUGCAGUUACAGGUGAAAGCCAGGAAGAAAUCUGUGGAAAGUUACAGAGCUAGGCAGGAGUUUCUUGUUAAUGACAAUAUUGCGUACAAAGAAGCCAUAGAAGGUGAUGAGAAAAGAACACAUAAAGAUGUCAAGGAUUUACUUAAAAAAUAUGAAAGAUUUCGGGGUGCUGUACAAAACCUCAAUAAUAAAUUUGACAAAGAGAGAAGUACAGCCAGGAAGGGGUUGGAUGAGGUCAGAGACAAAGUUAAUGGGGAGCUGGAAGGUAUACAAAAUGAAGUAGAUAAAUUGCAAAGCACUCUGCAGAGUAAACAGGAAGAGUUAAGAGUACUGAGAAGCUACAAGGACAAGGUGUAUCCAGUGAAAGCCAUACAAAUUGCGGAGUUACAAAAGAAAAUUGAAAACUUAGGCAGAGAAAAUGAAGAUGAUUUGAAUGAACUGGAAAGCAUUAUUGAUAUAGAGAAAGAAAAGUUUGCGAAAGCUAGUCGUGAUACUGAUCAUAGAAUAAAAUCUGAGGUUACUGAAAAGGCCAUUGCUGCAAUGCAUGACAGCUUAAAGGAUAUGGCUUUACAGAAUAUGGUUAUGAAAAAGGAGAUUGAAGAGCACAAGUUAAAAGUAAUAGAACUGGAAGAAUACAAUAUGGAGUUGGAAAAAGAAGUUAAGACAUUAUUAGCAGACCCCAAAACUGACAUUAGGAGACAAGUCUAUCCACAUUUAUAUCCAAAAGAACCGUUAUGCACCCCAGAUAUGGAUGUUAUACUGGAUAUCCCGACCCAAGAAUGGUUACCCAUAUAGACAAUAUCCCAUCCUACCUGUAUUUUAAUUUAAAUUUAUUUGUUUUUAAAUCAGUUUCUAUCACAACUGUCCAAAUAUUUCUGUUCACAGAACAUUUUAAUUAUCCGAGCCAAAACUGACUGUCAGUGUCUUUUUUAACUUCAUGCAUAAAGACUUAGAUAUUAGUUUAUUGUAUUUACAACAUAUUCAAUUGGUGUGCCCGUCUGCAUAGGUUCUUGCCCAUGUACAAAUAUUAUUGUGAAUGCUUGUAUAUAUUUUUUAUAGAGAUGUGAUUUUAUAUGCCGCCUGUUGACCAGCAGAAAUUUUCUGCUCAAGUACUUACAAUAAAACAUGUAAUUCACA